GAAGCUUGUGUUUUCCAAAACAUAAUUAAAAUAAUUGAUUCUGGUCGUACGAAGGCCAGAGACUAAAAUACUAGACUGGAACAAUCUCAGUAUUUUGUCAAUACACAUUUUCACACCAUUUUCGCUCAUCUGUUCGCAGUUUUGAGAAUUUGUUAGCUCACAGAAGCGGUCCUACUAGCCACUACAAAUUUUGCGCAAAAUGUUUUCGUACAAGUUCCCUUUCGGGGAUUUCCAAACCGUGACAACCAUGACUGAAUCAAAUAUUAUUUUCGAUUCGCCGGUGUACGAACAGCGCUACUGCGCCGCUAUCCAGAUCUUAGAGGACCCACGCUGGACGCAACAAAUCAAAAAAGUUGUGGAGUUUGGCUGUGCCGAGAUGCGCUUUUUCCAUUUAAUGCGCCGCAUCGAGACGAUAGAGAACAUUGUUCUGGUUGAUAUUGACGAGCAAUUGCUAAAAAGAACCUGCACUGGAAUUAAUCCUUUGGUCGCUGACUAUAUAAGACAUCGUGCAGGUCCUUUGCACGCUAAGAUCCUGAAGGGAAGCGUUGCGGAUUCUUCGGAGGAACUGCGAGACACAGAUGCAGUUAUUGCCCUGGAACUCAUAGAACACGUUUACGACGAUGUGUUGUCCAAAAUUCCACCAAAUGUUUUUGGGUUUAUGCAGCCAAAGGUGGUCGUUUUCAGUACUCCCAACUCGGACUUUAACGUGAUUUUUACCCGUUUCAAACCUCUGCUACCAAAUGGAUUUCGGCACGAGGAUCACAAAUUCGAGUGGACGCGGAAGGAGUUUAAGGCUUGGUGCAUGGGUAUCGUAGAGAAAUACCCAAACUAUGUUUUCUCUCUGUUGGGAGUGGGCAAUCCUCCCAAGGAUAUGGAAUCCGUGGGUCAUGUAUCGCAGAUAGCGGUAUUCGUGCGUAAAGAUAUUCUAGAAAUUCAAUUAGUGAAUCCAUUGGUUGUGCCAUCGAAACCUGAUACAGAGGACUUAACUCCUUAUAAGCUCAUCCAUGCCGUCGAUUAUCCUUUUUAUGUGGAUCCGAGGACCGAAAAGGAGAAGAUCUGGGAUGAAAUCCAGUUCGAACUGCAGCGUUUUAAAAGGAUUGCAAAUAAUCCUGAAAAUGAAGAUCCAUAUACAGACAAAAUUAAAAUGCCAAUUGUAGUCCUAUUGGAACGAUUACAGAAUGUAGGAGCCACUGAAAUACUUAAGGUUGUACUCCAGGAGAAAUCAUUAAAAAUAGAGGAGGACUGCGUUAUAAUAGAGGACUCAGAGGAGUCAAGCGAGUCGGAACCCUACGGUUUGUCCGAUUGCCACUCCCAGGAGGCUGUCUUAUCUGACCAAGAUAAAGAGGAGUGCUGGGACUUGCUUUAA